AUGAAGGAAGCAAGCAUGGUGUCGGACCAAGAGAUAGCAAUGGCCAAGAGGGGUGGAGAACCUGCCCCGGCAGUCCGACCCCAGCGUCUCCACCACCUUAAACGGCUUCGUUCAGCAGCUGGAAGCCAAGCUCAGCCACCUCCUAAAAACCAUUUCAACCUCCAACACCACCCUCAAUUCCCUUCGCAUCAACAAUUUCCUCCCCAUUUUGCUCUCCAACAUCACUGUCAGCUCCCUUUCCAUGAACUCAACUUCCGCCACCCUCAUUCUCCUCUCACCGCUAAACCACCGCCGCAGCUCCAGCAACAUCAACAGCUGCUGCCCCAGCCGGUUGUCACGAAAGCCAAUGUUUCCACUCAAAAUGCCGCUCCCUUUGCCACCACUGAAGUCCCCAAAGAAAGUGCCCUUGUUGCACCCAAAAGAAGAUGUGAAUCAGGGGGUCUGAACAAAGUUUGUAGUGUUUCACCAGAACUUCAAGCCAUAGUUGGUGAGCGAGCUUUGCCGAGGACUGAGAUUGUCAAGCAACUGUGGGCAUAUAUAUGGAAGAACAGCCUGCAAGAUCCGAGUAACAAGAGAAAGAUAAUUUGCGAUGAAGCCCUACGUGUGGUGUUCGAGACAGACUGCACUGACAUGUUCAAGAUGAACGAACUGCUGGCAAAACAUAUUAGCCCUCUUGACCCAUCAAAGGAAUCAAGUCAAACCAAAAAAGGGAAGGUAAAUGUCGAGUCCACCACUGAAGGUGUUGAACCAGGGCCCAAUCCUGUAAUUAUAUCCGAGGCGCUUACCAAGUUUUUGGGUGCAGGAGGAAGGGAGAGGUUAGCUGCUGAGGCAGAAAGGCGCGUUUGGGAGUACACUAAGGUUAAUCAUUUGGAGGAUCCAUCAAAUUCAAUGGUGGUAUUGUGUGAUGCCAAUCUUCGCGAGCUUAUCGGAUGCGAAAGCAUAUCUGUGAUGGGGAUACGUGACUCACUACUAUGUCAUCAUUUAUUUAAGCAAUCCUGAGAUGUCUGAAUUAGAUCUGCUAGAGUUGAC